AACUAUUUUACAUCCCCUGUAUUUGUCAGGGUAAUUACUAAUACAGAAUGUCAGUGAACCAGUUAUUUGGGAAUAAGAAAAGAAACAGCUCCAUAUUAUAUGGCGUGGAUCAGGCAAAAAUUACUGCUUCAUCUUCAUCUUUCCAGGGAGCUACAAAGCAAAGUACUAUUGGAAACCAUGGAGAUGGCUUCCCACCAAACAAGCGUUACAAAAGUCUUGUUCCCAACGAGCAGAAAGAAAUGGAAGAUCCUUUUGGGGACAACGAUGACUUUACAGCUGAUGACUUGGAGGAAAUAGAUAUUAUUGCUUCCCAGGCAUUUACGCAAAAUUGUUCUUUGCCAACAAAUGCUGUGACAUCUGAGUGGAAUGCCGGGCUAUCUUCCCCACUGAAUAACACGAGCAGACCCUCCAGUUACACGAAACAAUCAAGUGUUGCCCUCACGACUGGCAGAAAAGUCCAAUUUGGGAAUAGUACAGAGGAAACAUCAACCAGAGACAAAUUUAGACUUGAAACUCUUCAAGCGCAAUAUGAGGAAGCGAAAAAAAAGCUGCAAGAAAUGCAGGAUGAAAUCCUUAUUAAAAAUGGAGAAAUCAGAAUUUUGCGGGACUCAAUGCAGCAGAUGGAAUCCACAGUGGAGGAGCAGCGGAAAUCACACAUAUUACUGGAAGAGGAGAAAGAGGUACAUUUAAGAGAAAAAGAAAAGGAAUUCUCCAAAAAGUUGCAGUCACUACAGUCUGAGCUCCAGUUCAGAGAUGCUGAAAUGAAUGAGCUGAGAACUAAGCUUUUGAACUGCGAAAGAAUUAAGUGUGUUAUACCUUCCAGUUCAUAUACCAGUCCUAAGAAGAGCCCUUCUCGUAUUGUAAAAAUUGAAGGAUGUACUCAGAAUGAAAAGCAAGAGUAUCCUACAAAAGAGUCUUUUGGAUCUGAGCUAUCCUCCAAAGCAUCCUGCUCAAAAACCCUGGUGUUUGCCCAAUCUCCGUGGCUUAACAAAGACAGCGAGAAGCCUAGCCUUGAUGCUAAAAUUGUGAAGCAAGAAAAUAGUUACAUCUGUGCUCAAAGACAAGGUUCCAUCUUGAUAACUGCAUUGAUGAAGCAGCCUAUUGUUGAGGGGUCAUCGCUUGGACUCUGUUAUCUUCUUAGCAGCCAUGUGGAGGCUCAGCCUGGGCCUGUCCUGCCGACUAGUUCAUUCAGCACAGGAUGCACAGGAAUCUUCAGCAGUAGGAGUACCUGCUCUGAAGAACAGGAAGGGCAAGAGGAGGUAUUGUUGAAGCUUGCUCAAAAACUUGCUGUAACUGGGUUGAAUUUGAUUGCUAUGGAUGAUGGCUCUUUGGAUGAAAGCUCUGAGGUGAACAAGAGGCGAAUAUCCCAUCUUAAGCGUUAUAAAAUCCCUGGGGCAGUUCACCUGCUUCCCCUCCUGGAACAUCACAUUGGUGCAUACUGUCAAGCCCUUCAGUCAGUGUUGAAGACUGGAAGCACACCUUCUGGAAACCAGUCAGCUGCUUCUUCCAGAAUUUCUUCAAGAUCAAGCACAGAUGAUUUUCAGUCUAACCUGGAAGAGUUUGCACUUACGUCUCUGGGCAUUCUUUAUUACUUGGUAUUUUACAGUUGGGAUGUUGUUUGUACACUUCUUUCCCAUAAUAUGAAACCAGACCAUGGUUUGGGAGGCACAGACAUUGUGGGAAAGGACAAAACUGUUGCUUGUACCAAGCAGUGUAAAGGCAAUCUUCAAGAGCCCAACCCAGAACUAGAUGCUGCUAAUGAUGACAGACCCCAACAUCCUUUGUUUAAAAGCCUGUUGCACCUCUUGACUUUAUGUACUUCAGUGGUAGGAUGCCAAAGGCAUUGCAUCCUGAAUCAGUGCCUCAAAGUUCUGUUGAAAUUAGCUGAAAAGUCAACGGUGGACUUACUAAUGAGCUUCUCACCGUUGCUGAAUAUUCAAGCGCAGGCCCUUCUCCGCUGCAUGUCUACCGAAGCUCCUGUGUUUGCUGUCCAUUUGACAGUGAGGCUGUUAACUUUGCUUGCCGAACACCAGGAGUUAGCUGCUCGGCUCUGUACCGUUUCAGAAAACUGCCUCCUCUUGGCCCUGUACAUGUAUAUUACUUCACGACCUGAUAAAUCAACGUCUGAGAUGCUUUGGCUUCAGUUGGAACAAGAGACUGUUCGCUUCCUGACCAAAUGUAUGCAGUGCUGCAGUAUUUCUCUAGUUGGAAGAGAUUGCCAGUGCAAUCCUGAGGUAGUUAAGGCCCUUAUUGUAAUGGUACACAGACAGUGGCUGACUGUCAGAAGGGUGGAAGGAAGCUUGUUUGAUGUACGUGGAAAGCAAGUUGUUCAGUUUCUACGGGACACUGUUUUGCUCUUGCACAGUCUGUCUCAAAAGGAUAAACUGUUCCAUGAUCAUUGCCUGGAAGUCCUUCAUCAGUAUGAUCAUGUCAUGCCUGGAGUCAGAGCCAUCCUUAGAAAAGUUCCAAAUUUGAAAGCCUGUGAAGAGCUUGCAUUGGAUGAACUGUAUCCAUUGGAGACAGAAACUGAUGAUCAAGAAAUGGAUUGCAGCUAAUCUUAGAUCAGUAACACAUAAAUCUUCCCAGAAAAGUGUAAUUUUUGAAAUUUAACUAGAAUGCAACAUUUUUUCUUUUGGUAAGAACUGAAAAAUAAAUG